AUGGCAAAAAUACGACUGCCACCAGCCUGGGAGAGUGCACCCGAUAUUCUGAGGACGGAUUCGCCUCCACAGAACCAACAAGCACGCCCACACGCCAGACCAAGCCCAGUACUUGGAUCCCGCACACGCCACCAAAGCAAAACACGCAUCUCUCGGCGUAGCACAUAUCCAAAGCAACGUGAAAGCCAAUGGGUCCAGUACAGAGACGGAUCACCCCAAAUUCUACCUGCCAGAGAAGGCAUGCCAGAUCCUCCAUAUCCGGUCACACCCCCACCACUCGAGCGCCCUCAACCCGUGUUGCCACAGAUUGGCUAUCGAGCACCAACCCCGCUACCAGCUUUGAUACCUCCAAGCGCGGACGGUCCGGUACAGAGACCAGACAACAAGCCAUCUCGGGUGCUGCAACGUCAGCGAGACUGUGCGCGCCAGCUCGAUGCUUCGCUGUCAACGCUCGGCCUCUCAGCCCUGGCCUCGGGGUCGAUACUGUUGGUCUCAGCUAUCCUGUUCGUGCGCAGCGUGAUGACCGGCAUACCCCGUGCAGUUGCAGGGAGAUCAGCACUGACCGUCUUCUUCGCUCUCUCGGUGGCAGCCUUCAUCAUCUCUUUCGGGUUGAUCUUGGGUGUGCUAUGUCGGAGGGCAAGAGCAACCAAAAGUGCUGUCGCCAGAGCACAAGCAAGACAAGAGAUUGAGUUGGAGACAAGAUCGCGCGCGAGUGACGGCAGGCUACCCAUGUACGACUUCGGUAGACGCAACGCAAUCUGUGAGCUUCAUGACGAGCCAGAAGUAGCGGUUGGUGGUCGUUCUACCAUAUUCCUUCGGAUACCGGACGAGAGCGUAGUCAUCAAUCGUCGUUUUGCACCACCUAUCCGGGUCGCUCCAAGACAUCUGUCCGAAAUGCCCUUCUCACGACCCCCGACGCCACACCCGAGGCCACCUUUGUCGCCUCUCUUGCCGCCUGUGCCUAGCACACCUCCUCCACCCAUAUCCGAACGCAACCCUGCCCGUCUGCUAGUGGCUGCCAAGAAGGCCAAAGAUCGUACCGAUGCCGAUGCUCUGGGCACGACCGCACAUCCCAGUCCAGAUUCAGGAGUUUCGCCGAAAACACACCCUUCCAGGGCUGUCUCAAUGAACAACCGUGGUGGCACUGUUUCCAGUCGUUCGACCCAAAUGUUCAACCAGCACAUGCUCACGGCAGGGACUCGCGAAUUGCAAGCUUACCUUGAUGCGUCAUCGAAUUCCAGCUUGAAUACUCUUGCCGCAUACCAACACAGCAAGAGUGACUCAUCCUCCACUGAAGAGAUCAUGAGUAACGAUCGUAGCGUGUACAGCGAUGUCAACGAUCAAGUAGGUGACGAGGAGAGUCAAGUCUGCGAAGCAUCCGUGCUGAGUAUGCGGAAGGUGGGCAAGGCACGUGAGUGUUACAUUCCAGCUUCAAAGAGAGAUGCAUCUAUGCCCAAGUCCCCCGAGACCAAGAAGCAGCGACGCUCGAAGCUCGAAGUAUACACAGAUACUCCACGACCAGAUACUGAGAGCUUCGAAGCACGCAAGCAUCGAAUUACGAUGAAUGCACUGCCAAGUGCACCUCUACCGCUUGCCGCUCAGAGUACCAAGGACGUCGAACUUGCAGUCAGGAGGCCGCACAGCUUGAGCCCGAAGAAGCUGACAGGAUUCAUCGCGAAGCCCAAGACCAUCGGGCUAGGCAUCUCCAUCGGCAAAGGGCAGAACAAGGAGAACACAGAACCUGAUCAGGUCGAGGUGGGGACUUGGAGUGCGCUAGGCGAUCACUAA